AUGGAUGAUACGAGCGGUAUCAGGAAAGACAACGCUACGCUCGCAGAGAAUGUCGAGACUUCGGAUGAUCGGAGUACUCCGGCACAGAAUGACUUGGUCUUACGGUUGGAACAAAAGACACUGAAGCUACAAGGGGAAGUUGACCAGCCGGAAGUAGAACUACCAGAGGGUUACAAACCUCCUAAGUGCGAAAUGUAUGACGGGACAGGUGAUCCAAAGAUUCAAUCACCGAUUGAGGUUGAAAUAGCCACGCCAACUCCGUUUGAGGUUAAAACAACAACGCCCUCAACUGCAUCAACCCCAUUUGAGGUGGAAGUAACCACACCCUUUACUGUGACGGUAGCACCUAACCUCUCUUUUCACUCCAAAGCUAUACCAUUGGACUAUGCUGUAGAGGAGAGAAGGAAAGGAAAGGGAAAAAUGGAAGAAAUCGGUGCAACACAAGGUAUGACAAGGACUGGUAGGGUUUACGCGCCUGAGCAUUUGGGAAGAACAAGUAAAGAAGCAGCUCCCAAGCAACCUAUCACUGAAAGCGGCCUAGACGAUCUUUGGAGAAAGGUUGGCAAUAUGAUACCGGUUAGCUAUCGGGAGAGACCGCCUUUGCUAGCAUUUGGUUGGGUCGGAUGUCGGCCAUGGAGGCUAUCAGAGUUUCAGUGUCAGGUGGUAUCUCUAUUACCUCCAGCACCUGUUGUUCCCCCAUCAGAGACCGGGGAGCAGGGGAUGAGGGAGGCAGUUCCGUUGCUGACUAGGAUGGUUUCUAUUCAUGAGCGACAGCUAGAGUCGGGAGCAGAUACCCGAAGAGAUCGGAUAGGAAGCUUGACGAGAGUAUUGAGGGUGAUACAUGCCUCCGUCACAGAGGCUGUGGAGUUGGCUUCUUUUCGACUACGUGAUGUAGCCUUCCUAUGGUAUGAGGCAUGGGAGAGAUCUAGAGGACCUGAUGCUCCGCCAGCAGAGUGGGAGGACUUCUCUGAGGCUUUUUUAGCCCAUUAUUUGCCACGGGAGGUUCAGGAGGCCCAUCUUGACCAGUUUCUUUGCCCGAAGCAGGGGGAUAUGAGUGUGAGGGAUUUAGCGAGGGAUAGGGAGCAGAGUAAAAGGGCUCGUACUAUGGGGUCUUAUAGGGAGCCACGGGGUGAUUUUAGGCCCCUACUCCAUCGAUAUCCACCUCGGUCAGCAGGUAGUUUCCCACCACAGAUGCAGGGCCAGCAGUUUGAUCGUUAUAUUCAGUCAGGACCGGGGCAGAGCUCAGGCCAGCCUGAGGGCCGUCGACAGGAGCAUUCCGCACAAAUGAGACAGCCUACUCCUCCAUGUACUCAGUGUGGCAGAGGUGCACCAGCUCAGCCUUCAGGAUCCACAACAGCCUCUUCGCACUCAGUCCGUGCUCCCCGACCAGGUCCACAGUCUACUCAGAACCAUGGUAGGGGGAGAGGUAGAGGAGACACCUCAAGUUCUAGUGGUGGUCAGAACCGCUUUUAUGCACUCACAGGCCGACAAGAUUCAGAGGCAUUCCCAGAUGUUGUCACAGGUAUAGUGACAAUACAUUCUCAUGCCAUUUAUGUAUUGAUAGAUCCCGACUCUACAUUUUCAUAUAUUACUCCAUUUAUUGCUGGUAAGCUUGACAUGAGAUCUGAGUUGUUGCCCCAGUCAGUUGAGGUGUCUACACCAGUUGGCGACUCUAUUGUAGCGAAUCAUGUCUAUCGAGGUUGUACAGUGUUAAUUAAUGACCGUCCAACCUUUGUCGAUUUAGUUGAAUUGGUUAUGCUAGACUUCGAUGUCAUUAUGGGUAUGGGUUGGUUGGCAGCUUGUUACGCUAAUAUUGAUUGUCGUGCAAAGUUGGUCCGAUUUCUUUUUCCUAGUGAGCUUGUCCUUGAAUGGAAAGAUAUGGAGCCAGCGACUCUUCAGUCGGUUCCUAUUGUGAAUGAAUUCCCGACGGUAUUCCUUGACGAGCUUCCAGGAAUUCCCCCCGAAAGGGAAAUCAAUUUUGCAAUAGAUUUGCUUCCUGAUACGCAGACUAUAUCCAUUCCUCCCUACAGAAUGGCUCCUGCAGAGCUAAGGGAAUUUAAGGAACAACUGAAGGACUUGCUCGAUAAAGGCUUUAUUAGGCCAAGUACAUCCCCAUGGGGUGCUCCGGUGCUCUUUGUUCAAAAGAAAGAUGGUUUCUUGCGGAUGUGGUGCCAAAUGCUUUUCGAAGAUCGACUUGCGAUCCGGUUAUCAUCAGCUACGACAGCCUUUAUGCAUCUUAUGAACCGGGUAUUCAAACCAUUCUUGGAUGAAUUUGUGAUUGUGUUCAUUGACGACAUCCUGAUAUAUUCACGAUCGGAAGCCGAGCAUGCGGACCACUUGCGAGCUGUAUUGCAGACUCUCCAGGACUACAGGUUAUAUGAUAAAUUCUCUAAAUGUGAAUUUUGGCUAACUUCUGUAGCUUUUCUUGGUCAUGUUAUUACCGGCGAUGGUAUCAAUGUUGAUGGACAAAAGAUUGAAGCUGUGAUGACUUGGCCGAGGCCCUUGAAUCCGACAGAGGUUCAUAGCUUUUUAGGCUUGGGAGGGUAUUACCGAAGGUUUGUGGAGAGAUUUUCCUCUAUCUCUGCACCAUUGACGAAACUGACACAUAAGGGAGCUAAGUUUCAGUGGACUGAGGCAUGUGAACAAAGUUUUCAGGAGCUAAAGAAAAGGCUUACGACGGCACCUGUCUUGACUCUUCCGGAUGGCACCGAGGGUUAUGUUGUAUAUUGUGUUGCCUCGAGAAUUGGCCUAGGUUGUGUUCUUAUGCAGCAUGGUAAGGUUAUCGUGUACGCCUCCAGACAGUUGCGGAAACAUGAAUAG